AUGAAGAAGAAGAACAAGACAGUGAAAGAGAAUGUUGAAGAUGGAGUGACAUGGAGGAGAGGGAAGAUGAUCGGCAAAGGAAGCUUUGGGUCGGUGUAUUUGGCUACUUUGAAGAAACCACCCCCCGACAAGUCGCAGCUGCUGAUGGCUGUGAAAUCUGCGGAGUUGUCUGUUUCGAAAUCACUUCGAGAAGAGAGAAAGGUUUUCAACAAUCUUCAAGGCUGCCCUUAUAUCAUUCAGUGCUUUGGAGAAGAGACUACUACCAGCCAAACAGGCGAGACUGUUUAUAAUUUGUUGCUGGAAUAUGCUUCUGGAGGUUCCCUACGUGAUCUGAUCGAGAAAUCAAAUGGGUUUGGAUUGCAGGAUUCGGAUGUCAGGCGUUAUGCCAGGUCCAUUCUUCGUGCCAUUAAACAUGUUCAUGACUCUGGCUAUGUCCACCUUGAUCUCAAGCCUGACAACAUCUUACUUGUGCCUACAAAAAGUCAAGGUAAAACUACUACUUCUACCCCUGCUACUACUAAAGUUAAAGCUGCUAAUAAUAAGAACAAGAAGUUUAUGGCAAAAGUCUGUGAUUUUGGGUUGGCAAAAAUGGUGAAACAACAAAUCAAUAAGAAGAAGAAGAAGAAGAAGAAGAAGAGUGAGUCGAGCUAUUAUUACCUGAGAGGGACUGCUUUGUAUAUGUCCCCUGAAGCUGUGGCUGAUGGCAUACAAGAGGCUCCCUCUGAUAUUUGGGCUAUUGGCUGCGUGGUUCUUGAGAUGCUAACCGGGAAGAGGGUUUGGGACAGGAAAGUUCAUGGGAACACCGAGAAACUCCUCUACAACAUUGGCUAUGGGUCCGAUUUACCUGAAAUUCCAAGUUCCAUAUCAGAAGAGGGAAAAGAUUUCUUGAAGGGUUGCUUUGUGAGGAAGCCUGCUGAUAGAUUGACUGCUGAUAUGUUAUUGAAACUUCCAUUUGUCUCACAAGCAGAAGAAGAUGACGAUGAAGAAGAUGCACAAAAAGUCGAAGUACUGAAUCUGAAUUUGAAGGAGAGUUUGGAUGCACAAGGGGUCAGCACAAUGCUGUCACUUUCCGAGACUGAUGAUGAGGAUGACUCUUGGUUAGUUGAGCCAACUAUGAUGUCUGAAGACAAUAAUGACUCUUCUUCAUUAGUUGAUGAGCCGAGGAUUAUAUCUGAAGAAGAAGAAAAAAAAGAGCCCUCCAUUUGUUGCGAGUACGACAAUGACUGUUUGAUGGAUGAGCCAGGUAUUAUAUCUGAAGACGAAGAAGAGCCGUCCAUUUGUCCUUCAUCAGAAGCAGAAGCACUUGAGGGUGUAGAUGCUGAUGAUGAACAUGAAGAAGCAUCAUUAAAAAAGAGUUCGGAUACUCAGGGGGCCAGCUCAAUGUCGGAUACUGAUAAUGAUAGCGAUGAAGAUGAAACCAUAGAGGAAGAAGAGGAUGAGGAUCACUCAAUUAGUCCUUCAUCUGAAGCAGUAGAGGAUGUAGAUGAGGAUGCAAAAGCUGAAGUAUUAAAAUGGAGGAGUUUUGAUCCAAAGGAGGUCAACUCAGGAUUGUGCUUGUCAGAUGAGUCCUGGUCAGAUGAGUCAAGUUCUGUGCCUGAAGCUGAAGAUCAUAAAAAGAGACCUGUGAGUCUGGCUAUGGAUGAUGAGACAACGACACAAGAUCACAAAAGGAGGAAACGGAUGAUGCCUAGAUCAGUUGCAGGCUUGAAGCAAAUGAUGAUCGAAUAUUUUAUUGCAAAUCAUCAACCCAAACCUGUCAAGGCAAUACCACAGAAGCCGCCAUCCACCUUACCCACCACUGCUGCACAUUAGCGAAGAAGAUUAUGUACAAAUCAGCCACCAAAAUUCUAAAAGAUCUCAAUGUGCCAGCUCGCUUUGGCACAUGUUCCAACCCUCUCCUCUGCCUUUAGUUGAAGAUCAUUUUUGCUAUAUAAUUUAGCAGCUAAUUUCAGGAACUUAUCCUAUUAUUUGGUAGCUGAAUCGUAUCAUUUUGGUGCCUAUCUCAACAGGCUUUCGAGUCAUUGUUUGCUGCCAUUUGCUUAGGUCUUUCCUCUUCUUGUUGUGG